GGAGAACCCGAAGAGAAGCAGCGGGGAGCCCGAGGGGAGCUUGAGGAGAAGCUGCGGGGAGCCCCGGAGCCGCCGCCGAAGGUUGCUCCUCUGAAGAAAUUCUGUUUGCCAGAAGUUUUUUAUCCUGGGCUGCACUUGAGUCUCAAUAAUGAAGAAAAGCAGAAGUGUCAUGACAGUGACUGCAGAUGAGAACUGCCUGGAUUACCUGGAGUGCGGGCUCAGCAAAUCCUACAGCACCUCCAGCCACGCCCUGGCCAUUGACCUGUGGCGGGGCCGCCGCUGCUGCUCGGGCAAUCUGCAGCUGCCACCGCUGGCCCAGCGGCAGACGGAGCGAGCCAGGACCCCGGACAGGGACACGCUGUGCAGACCCACCACCCUGCCCCUGCUGCCACCUCCCAGCAUCGCCAUCACCUCCUACACCGACUGCUUCGAUGUGGAGAACGGCCCGUCCCCGGGGCGCAGCCCGCUGGACCCGCAGGCCAGCUCCUCCUCGGGACUCGUCCUGCACACGACAUUCCCGGGCCACAGCCAGCGCCGCGAGUCCUUCCUGUACCGCUCCGACAGCGACUAUGACCUCUCACCAAAGACCAUGUCCAGGAACUCCUCCCUGCCCAGUGAACAGCAUGGCGACGACCUGAUUGUCACACCUUUUGCCCAGGUGCUGGCCAGCCUAAGAAGCGUGAGGAACAACUUCACGCUUCUCACCAAUUUACACGGCACCUCCAACAAGAGAUCUCCAGCCACGAGUCAGCCACCUGUGUCCAGAGUGAACCUGCAAGAGGAGCCCUACCAGAAGCUGGCCAUGGAGACGCUGGAGGAGCUCGACUGGUGCCUGGAUCAGCUGGAGACCAUCCAGACUUACCGCUCCGUCAGCGAGAUGGCAUCCAACAAGUUCAAGAGGAUGCUGAACCGGGAGCUCACCCACCUGUCCGAGAUGAGCCGCUCCGGCAACCAAGUGUCCGAGUACAUUUCCAACACUUUCCUGGGUAAGGAAUGCAGCCCCAGCUUUUUUUUUGGGGGUCAGGGAAGGGUUAAGGGCAGCCUGAUCGCCCCCAUUCGCAGCUUCCCUCCUGGGCUUUUCACUUCCAAAUGGCUGCGGGAAGGGGGAGAAUGGGUUUGGGAGAGUGUAUCCACAGGGGAAUUCCUUCCUGAGACCUGGGGGGGUUCUGGGAGGAAUCCAGGAAUGGUUCUGGGAGGAAUCCAUGGGAUGGUUUAG